GAGUAGAAGAGCCGAAGGAAAUUUCUUUUCGCAUUGUUACAAAAUAAUUAGUAAUUUUAUUUGUUAAUGGGAAAAUAGUUAAAUUUUUUAAAUAAAAAUUCAAAUUGAUAAAAUGUCAUUAAUGCCAUUAUCGGUGUUAUUGGUAUUGGCCAUAAUUGCGAGUCACAUUGAGAGCUUGAAUAGUGCAAAAAUUUUAGCUAUGUUCCCCUUCGACGGUCGAUCGCAAUACAUUUGCGUUGAAAAUUAUCUGAAAGCUUUAGCAAAGAGAGGGCACGAAGUCACUGUAAUUUCUGCAUUUCCACAAAAGCAGCCUUUACAGAAUUUUACUGAUGUUACCAUUCAUUUUGAAAAACAUAUAUUUGAAGAUCUAAUUGCAGACGCACCAGAGCCGACAAUCAGCAAAUGGCAAGAACUUAACUGGAGUAUCGAUUUUCUAAGCACACCCACACGCAAAGUGCUGGAGCAUACAGAGGUGCAGAAAUGGCUUCAAAAUGGUGUGACUUUCGAUCUGCUCAUCGUCGAAGCACUGCAACAGGAAGCUCUCUAUGCUUUGGCAUAUCACUUCAAAGCGCUACUCAUUGGCGUCUCUACCUUCGGAACUGAUUUUCGUAUCGACGAAUUAGUUGGAAAUACUUCGCCAAUCUCUUACAUACCCUCAGUCACAAGCCAUUUUACAGAUCGCAUGAAUUUUCGUCAGCGCCUAGAAAACUUAUACGUGCACAUUGUAGAGUGGCUACAUAAUCGUUUUGUGCUUAUACCCUUACAAUAUGAGUUGUAUAAGAAAUAUGUUCGAGUCAACCCACCAGCACCGUUUAUAGACGUACGCAAAAAUUUCUCACUGCUGUUGCUGAAUCAACAUUUCUCAGUGAGCAUAUCACGCCCAUACGUGCCGAAUGCCAUCGAAGUGGCCGGCUGGCAUAUUGAUCACAAACCCAGUAAGUUGCCUUUCGAUAUGGAAGCAUUUAUUAAUGCUUCUCCAAAGGGCGCCAUCUACUUCUCACUGGGCUCAAAUAUACGUAGUAAAAAUUUGUCCGAAAAAAAACGCGCCAUUCUAAUGGAGGUGUUUGCUUCGCUACCCUACAACAUACUCUGGAAGUUUGAAGUCUCAGAAUUACCUGAAAAGCCCAAGAAUGUCUAUAUCAGUAAAUGGUUUCCACAAUCCGAUCUGCUGGCGCACCCAAAUGUAAAAUUAUUCAUAACACACGGUGGACUGCUGAGCACCAUUGAGGCGAUCCAUUAUGCGAAACCGGUGGUGGGUAUGGCCAUAUACUACGAUCAACAUCUGAAUGUGGCGCGUGCACAGGCCAAGGGCAUCGGUUUGGGUGUCGAUUUCAGGAGUUUCACUGCCGACCAACUUAAAAGUGUCAUACUUGAGGUGUUGAGCAAUUCAAAGUAUACACGGCGCGUCGAAGAGUUAUCACGUUUGUAUCACGAUCAACCGAUGAAACCGCUGCAGACGGCAAUCUAUUGGACGGAGUAUGUACUGCGUUAUAAGGGAGCACCACAUAUGCGUGUAGCAGCGCAAGAAUUGAGUUUGAUCGAGUAUCAUAAUUUGGACACGAUUGUUGUGCUAUUUGGUGGGCCGCUAUUGGUGUUGCUUCUUGUUGUAUAUAUGAUUAAGAAAAUAGUUACUAAAAAAUUCACAAAAAAUUACGAGAAAGUUAAAAGCACAUAAAAACUAUUAACAAAAAAGAAAACAAAAAAUUACAAAAUAUGUGUUAGAAAUGAAGGCACCAUUUUUUCCAAAAAUUUUUUUUUAGUUUUCAACGUAGUCCCCUUUGAGAAAGAUACACUUCUCCCAACGCUCCGCCCAUUUUUUAACCUCUACAAAAAUAGAAUUUGUCGAAUUGUCCAAAAUACGUCUCUCUCUCGGCGAUGACUUCCUCGUUUGAACUGAAUUUUAUUCCCAGUAGCCAUUUCUUCAUGUUAGGGAACUAGAAAAAGUAUCAGGGAGCCAGAUCAGGUGAGAACGGAAGUGGGACAGCAAUUCACAAAGCACUUGACUUCUCUGCACGAGUUCAACCCAGACCAACGUCUUCUAUGGGCAGACCUCAUGAAGUCGUAAAUCCAUAGUUGAAUCGAUGCGGAAUUGACACCUAGAAAGGGUUCAGGGCCUAGUGGCAUACUUGCAGAGCCUUCAUUAGCCAGUUUAUUAGCUAACUCGUUCCCUGUAAUAUCACAAUGUCCAGGCAUCCAAAUAAGAGUAACUUUGUUGUGUUUUGCAACACUGUUCAGUUUUUAUCGAGCCCACAAAUAGUCAAGAAGUUCCAAUGAAAGGUGUCAUCCGGUCUUAGCACACAUUUCCUAUUUCCACAAAUAUCAUACAAACGCCUGCGUAGCGUAGCAAUGGGCUUUUAUAAAAAAUUCAAUACUGACCGCGUCAAUUGAAAUUAUCGGUCAGCAGAGGCGACAACGAGACGGCCCACUAUGUCCGGUAGCACUAGGUCCAACCGGGAAACAUACAAAAUGAAAAAGCGGUUUGGAAGUAAAGUCUGCAGGAAGAAAAAGACGGAAUCUCUUAAAGUCAAAACUAUAGAACUGGAAAACGAUUUUAAUCACAAAAAUCGCAGAAAAUUCUGUACUACCUUACAAAAUCGAACGCGUGAAUUCUAACCGAGACUCAGUGGCAAACAAAGUUUUAAAGUUCUUGACGAGAAAGAUCGUUGAACAGUUGUAAUCGGAUUUACUGCGAAUUUCUUCAGGUCCUUCUUUUUAAAAUCUCAGUACGCUUAGCCUCAGGGCAGUCUGAGGAGCAUAUAUCUUUGAUAGACAGAUCUAAUGGUGUCAUGUGCUAGAUCAUUUAACAUUUAAAACCUCAACUGGAUAUGAGCUGGAAAAAUUUCAGAUGCACUCUUUUUUAGUUAUUUUUCGAUAGGAUAAAUUUAAUAUCUUAUCCUUAAAUUUUCUUGAUAUUUCUUAUUAAAAAAAUAAAAUAAAUAAAAAUAAAG